UUGUUUUUCAAUCUGUCCUGCUGCUCACACAGAGCCAGACUCCAGGCACACCACACACCAACACUGACCCCAAAGCUCAGCUCUGUGAGGAGGAGGGAGAAGGCUGUGCAUUUUGAAGAAGCCACAGUGCCUUGAUUGGUCAGGGAAAUGGCAGAGAAAGAACUUCCAAGCAGCCUGACCUUGAAGACCCCAAUGGAGAUCCCAGCUCUUGGUCGACCCUUACAUUUGGGGACACUGUAUGACUGUCGCUCAGAUACCUCCAUCCCUGGCAUCACUUUAUGGGACAGGGAGACCCUUGAGAGAAAUGUGACCACAGAAGAACAGUUCAAGACUGACUUCGACAUCAUCACCUCUGACUCUAUUGAUGAGAAGACCAAUGCCAUGAAUAUCUCGGCAGAGCUGAAAGCAAGUGUCCUGAGUGGACUGGUUGAAAUAGCAGGUUCUGCCAAGUAUAUAAAUGACACCAAGACAUCCCAACAGCAAGUUCGGGUCACUCUCAAGUACAGUAUGACCACAUGGUUUUCCCACCUCACUAUGAAUCACCUGGGACAUCAGAAUAUUGCUUACCAUGAUGUGUUUGAUAAUGGAACAGCCACCCAUGUGGUCACUGCAGUGCUCUAUGGGGCCCAGGCUUUCUUUGUGUUUGAUCAGAACGUUUCCAAUAAUGAAAAUGUCAAGGAUAUAGAAGGAAGGUUGAAGGCUAAAGUUAAGAAGAUUCCCCAAAUAUCAGGAAAAGUAGGGGGAAAGAUGAAAAUGGAACAUAGGCAGAAAAAUUCAACCAAGAAAUUCAGAUGUAAGUUUUAUGGGGAUUUUGUCCUUGAGACCAAUCCGGUGACCUAUGAAGAUGCAGUAAAAGUCUAUGCCUCCCUUCCUAAGCUGCUUAGGGGCUGUGGAGUGCCCCUCCAAGUCUGGCUGUACCCUCUGGAGAAGCUGAGCUCCAAGGCUGCCAGGCUGGUUCGAGGGAUCAGCAUUAGCUUGGUGUGGGAUGCCCAGGACACUCUGGAGAAGUUAUCUGAGUGUGACAAGAGGUGUAAUGACAUGCUGGAGGCACCAGGACUCUCAAUCUUCUCUGCAACCAAGGAAAAGGUCAGGCUAUUCCAGGAGCUAAAUAGGCAGCACAGAAAGCUUUUACAGAAGGAAAUAGCGAAAGCCUUACCUGAGAUCCGGGCAGGCAGAGCAGAGGAAAAGGAGCUAACCAGGAUUUUAACCAGGGAAAGCCAGUCCCCAUUCAGCACUAGGAGGCUCUCUGAGUUCUUGGAUCAGAAGCUUGAAGAGAUGAAGGUGGUCAAUUCCUAUCUCACCCUUCUGAAGGAGAUGCCAGUUAGAGCUGAGCAGAAUGAGGUGGACAAUGCAGUACUAACCUCUCCCUACAGAUUUGUGCUGGUGUUUGCAUUCACCUCCUUGCAGGAGGAACCCUACUUAGCAGAUUGGAAACAGUGGCUACGGAAUCCAGAAUCAUUCAGUCCUGACUGUGAGCAAAAGACAUAUUCCUCUUGGGUCAAAGACACAGAGACAAGGAGAAAAGCAAUACAAAUGGCUGAAUCCUUUUUAAGAUUUGCCAAGGCCAAUCAUUCCACUGAGAAAACACAAUUCAUUGUGGCAUCUGUCCCAGACCAGGAGAACAAGGGUGUCUCUAUUUACCUCUAUGAAAAGGGACUGCUGGUCAGCACCAACUUUCAGCUACCAGUCAAACCUCCCCCUCCCCAGGUUGCUGGGAUCACACAUGACUGUGUAGAGCUCACAUUGAUUCCAGCAUCUGGGAAGAAAGAGAGGAUCACUGGCUAUCAGAUAGAGUACCAGGUUGCAGGGGAAGAGGACUGGACCACCAUCCCUGUGUCUGGAAAGUCAGAGGUAUUCAAAGUGAGCGGCCUUGAGCCUUGCACAGAGUAUGUAUUCAGGUUUGCUGAGGUGUGGGACCUAGGGCUCAGUGAGAGCAGUGAUGUGAGCCUUGCUGUGAGGACACUUCCCCCAAGCUGCCCUCCUGGGAAGCCAGAAGCUGUUGUGGUAGGACCACAGUCUGUGACCCUGCACUGGGAAGGUCCAAGUGUUGUUGGAGCAGGAAUCAAGAUCAAAGAAUAUAGAAUAGAGUACAGAGAGGAGACUGAGGCUGAGGAGGAGGAGGGAGGAGCAUGGCAUGAACAUAGCACAGGAAAUAAGGAGACAUCCUGUGACAUUGAUGGACUGACACCCCAGACUGUGUACAGAUUCCGAGUUUAUGCCGUGUAUGAUGGAGGCUGGACCAGUGAGAGCAGUGAGAGGAGUGGUCCAGUGAGGACCCUCCCUACCACAGGGGAAGCUACAAUCUCUGACCCAGACAGGAGUGGAGGAGACUCCAGGGAGCCAGAACUCAGAAUUGUCCUUGUGGGGAAAACAGGAGCUGGGAAAAGUGCGACAGGAAACACCCUCCUGGGCAGGAGAGAGUUUGAGUCCAAGGCUUCAGGAGGGUCAGUCACCAAGGUCUGCAGGAAAGCCAGGACCAGAUGGAAUGGGAGGGACAUCGCUGUUGUUGAUACUCCAGGCAUUUUUGACACUGAGAAUGAGGAGAAAAAAAAUUUGGAAGAAAUAUGUCGCUUCAUGACACUAUCCUCUCCAGGACCACAUGCAAUACUCCUGGUGUUGAAAGUGGAUCGUUUUACCGAGGAGGAGAAAGCAGCGGUUGAACGGCUUUAUCUUCUUCUAGGAGCUGAAGCAGUGAAGUUUUUGAUCAUUGUAUUCACUCGGAAAGAAGAACUGGGAAAAGAAAGAUUAGAGGAUUAUAUAAGAACCAUUGAUGACUCCUAUUUCAAGGAGUUGUUGGAGAAGUGUGAAAACCGAUGCUGUGCAUUUAACAAUGAUGCUAGUGGAGUCCAGAGAGAUGCCCAGGUUUCAGAGCUGAUGGCCAUGGUUGAGAAAAUGGUGCAUGAUAAUGGGGGCACCCACUACACCAACGAUAUAUAUGAACGUGUGGAAGAUAUCCUCCAGAAAGACACAGAGGCUCGACGGCAACACUACAAGGAGCAGUUUGAUGGGGAGAGGGAAAAAAUCAGGCAGAAAUAUGGGAAGGAAAAGGAAGAAUUGGAAAAGGAACAGCCGAAAGAGCAAAAUGAUCAGUGUGAGAAGCAAAAGGAAAAUAUUGAGAAGAAAAAGAGGAUUGAGGAUAAGCAAAAGAAUGCAUUAGAAAAAUUAAAGCUGAUUUCUGAGAAUAAUUAUCGAGGUGCCAGAAGGGAGGCCGAGAAUAACCAGAUUUCCCUUUCUGAAGUUGCGAAGAUUGUUGCACCCCUUGUUGUGUUAUUUGUUGCAGUUGUAGUUUUCAAAACGCGCUUCCGAUAACCACAAUCAUUUCAUACCUAGUUUCCUCCAUGUGAGCUGGUAACACAAAGAGAGUUUAAGUAACAGAGGUCACAUGGUUAAUAAAGGAUUCAGACACUAGCUGAAGCCAAGUUUCCUGACUACAAGUCUAAUGUUCUUUUUGGUCCAUCAUACUGCUUGUUAAAGAGCAAUGCCUUUCAGAAGAAUGUAUACAGAAAUUUUACAGUAACAGAUAUAACUUGUAAUUUCUUAUAUUCAUGCUAUGGGAACAGGCAGAUAGCAACAGCCAGGAGAAGCCAAGAAUUCCCAACUCAUUGUAUACAAUUGGGAACUAAUUGUCUGAGCUCCUUUCUGUGCUUUCUCCCCCCCCCAGGAAGCAUUUCCCCUUUUCUUGGCCAUCACUCCCAUCAUACUCAUGCCUUAAGAACCAGCUACAAACACAAACCUUCCCUACCUAAGAUUCUUUCCCACUCUGAUAAUGCCUGUUCUCUGCCUUCCUCCAUAGGUCUUACCUGAUUGUGGGUCAUAGGUUGUCUUGUCACAGUCACCAUUUGGGCUCAAAACUAUAUAUUGUUUUCAUAAACAUAUUAUAAGCUCUUUGGGUACUGGAGGCUGAAGCUUCUACUUGAAUCAUUACCCCUUCUAAGAAGCCCUCUGCAUACCCACGUAACUUUUUAUUUACUAUUGUUUGGCUGUAAAAAUUAGGAGGCAGAAACAAUCUCGUUAGUGAGUUUACUGAUUGCAACAUGCAGCAGCCAGAAUUCAUCCAGGUAUAGGCUAAAUACAUACCUGCAGGUAGCCCAAGAGAAAGAAUACAAAAUUCCCCUAAAUCACCUGUUUUCAUACUCUUAAUCAAACUCUGGUUUCUUCUCUUUACCAAAUAUAGUUCCACAUUUGACAUAAUAUUGAUGCACCUGCUUUGAUUAUCCUGAAGAAGUUCUGUUUUCAAGAAAAACCCGGGAUUUCCCGUACAAACAGUCCUGCAGUUUUUUCAACACCCCUAUUGCCUUCUUUUUCUAUUUUACAACCUUGUGGUUCAACACAAAUUAUUUUCACUUAGAACAACAUUCUGUUAUUGUCAUGCACAAAAUUUAACUCGUCAAGAUAUUUGGGGACACCCUGUUUCACAGAGCUAAGGCCCAGCAAGCAGGCUGUGCCCUGAGCUUGGAAUAACAACAAUCCUUCCUAGUCUGGUUAAUCUCACUCUCUGGAAAAAUAUAUUGCUUUGACCAGCACCAGGUGUUCAUUCACUGCCCCCUCUUUCCCAGGGACAGGAGCACCAAUGUGAUACAGCCUAAAGCCAUCCAUUACACCUCUUGACAUGCUCACAAUCCCUGUUUCUUUGUGACUGCUAAAUAAACCAAACCAAGUACUGCACUCCUGUUCCCACCACACUAAUUGGUUCUGUACCCUGCUGUGAGAUUAUCAUCCUAGAGACUGUUCCCACAGGACCCAGGAACACCAGCAGGGUCCAUGCAGGAGCCUGCAGUGGGAACUGCUACUCAAGACCCAAGAAUCUGUGUUGUGAUCCAACCCCUCCCCCACCCCAACUAUCAGCCUUUAUGUAUAUAAGCACUGACUUUGCCCCAGCAUGUGAAGCCCUCCUCCUGAGGAGGAUUUCUGCUUAUAAAAGUUUCUUGACUUUGCAAUUAAAUUUCUAUUUAUGUCCUGA